AUGUCUUCAGAACCGUCUACUGUUCGCCCCGCUCUUCCUCAAGGCGCCGGGUAUGGCAUCUGCGUCGGUUUCGGCGUACUCUUUGCAGCAGCGAUGUGGUACACUGUCCGGAUGCUGGCUCGGUUUAAGAACGAAGUGCAGGGAUCUGAGAUGUUCAUGACCGCCAAGCGCAGCAUGAACACAGGACUCAUCGCUAGCGCUGUUGUAUCCUCCUGGACUGUUGCAGGGACGCUAUUGACUAGCUGCACUUGGACUUUCAGCUACGGUGUAUCCGGAGCAUACUUCUGCGCGGGUGCUUGCGUGCAGAUAUUGAUGUUCUCUGUGGCAGCCAUCGAACUGAAGCGCAAAGCUCCUAGCGCACAUACAUUUCUCGAGCGUACGUACCUAUCAUACGGAGUUCCCGGCCAUUGCAUUCAAAUUUUCUACUCUUCCCUGGUGCAAUUGUUCAAUUGUGUCGGUCUCCUUGUCGGAGGUUCCGCUGUUUUCUCUUCAAUCACUGGCAUGAGUCCGGUGGCGAGUUGCUUCUUGCUUCCCAUAGGCGUUGUGAUUUAUACAGCAACUGGUGGAAUCAAGGCGACUUUCCUCGUGGAUUACAUGCACACAGUCUUCAUCUACGUCAUAAUCCUUGUCGCACUCUUCUCCGCGUAUGCGACAAGUCCUCUCAUAGGAAGUCCGGACAGGAUGUACUCGCUCCUGACAUCCGCCGCCCAAUCAUCACCGGCUCCAGGCAGCCCCGAAGGCUCAUACCUCACGUUUCACUCCAUCCAAAGUCUGGUGCUUGGCAUUGUUAUAUUCGUCACCGGCUGGGCCGCCACGGUUGACGUGCAGCUAUUCCAGAAAGCCAUCGCCGCUAACCCGGCAGACACCCUGAGCGGGUACCUCCUUGGCGGUCUCUGUUGGUUCGCAAUCCCCUUCUGUCUCGCUACCACAUUCGGUCUCGUAGGUCGUGUGUUGCAGACGAACGCUGUAUGGCCGACGUUCCCGAGGAUGAUGACGGCGGACGAGAUCAAUAAGGGGCUGGUUCUGCCCUACGCUGCCCAGGCGCUCCUUGGCAAGGGCGGUGCCGUCCUGGUGCUGCUCAUGAUCUUCAUGGCGGUCACGUCAGCUUUCUCUUCCGACCUCGUCUGCAUCGCUUCAGUCGUGACCUAUGACAUUUACCGUGGUUACAUUAACCCACAAGCCACGGGCAGACGGCUCCUAAAACUCAGCCAUUUCGUCGUCAUCGGUUGGGCGACCAUAUGCGCAUGCAUUGCUACGGGAUUGUCGCACACUGCUAUUGGCGUGAAUUUCAUUAUAACGACGAUUGGUAUUAUCACCGGACCCGCGCUGUUCCCAAUUGCUUGCACUCUCUUAUGGAGGAAGCAAAACACUGUCGCAGUUGUUGUAGCUCCUCUGCUUGGAACAGCCACAGGUCUAGGGUGUUGGAUCGGUUCCACACGCCACUGGUAUCAUGUGACCACCAUCGACACCUUAGGCGAACCCUUGCCUCUUGUCGUCGGUAAUGCGACGGCGUUAUUCUCUUCUAUGGUUUACAGUCCCAUGCUCACCUACAUUUUCGGCGCGCAAGACUUCAAGUGGGAGAAGUUCGAGAACAUCGUUGCCGUCGACGACAGUGAUGUGGCGGGUAUGACGAAGACGCAGCUCGUCCAGCAGAGCAAAGUCGAAGACCCGAGGAUGGACGAAGCCACCAACGCCAAGAUGAAGAGGGCGACCUUGGUUGCUGCGUUCUCAUCAAUCGCCGUGACGCUUGCCUUUGUUAUACUCCUCCCCAUGCCCUUGUACGGGACGCGAUACGUCUUCAGCAGGCCUUUUUUCCGUCUUUGGGUCGUCUGGACGUUCGCGUGGGCCUGGGCUGCUGGCUUAAUCAUCACGCUGCUACCCCUUUGGCAAGGUCGUCGCACGCUAUGGCUGGUUGCCUCACACAUUUUCUCAACAGAGGCAUCUGUCACUAGUUUGCCGAGUCCGGCAGAAGGCUUGGUAGAGCAGCUGGGCAGUGAAAAGAAUGAUGAGAAAGCUGGUUCUGACGUAGAGAGUGCAACACAGGUUACUAUCUUACCAUCACCCUGA